AUGGGACAAGGUCUGGUGGAGCAUAUUGAAGUACAAGCAAAUGAGCAUAAAGAUCAACAAAGUAAGGCGACGUUCACAGAACGCAAGCCCCGACAUAACCCAGCACAUCUAGCAGACAUAGAACGCAAGUCCCGACAUAACCCAGCACUUCUUACAGACACAGAACGCAAGCCCCGACAUAACUCAGCACAUCUAGCAGACACAGAACGCCAGCCCCGACAUAACCCAGCACAUCUAGCAGACAUAGAUUGCAAGCCCCGACAUAACCCAGCACAUCUAACAGACACAGAACGCAAGCCCCGACAUAACCCAACACAUCUAGCAGACAUAGAACGCAAGCCCCGACAUAACCCAGCACAUCUUACAGACACAGAACGCAAGCCCCGACAUAACCCAGCACAUCUAGCAGACACAGAACGCAAGCCCCGACAUAUCCCAGCACAUCUAGCAGACACAGAACUCAAGCCCCGACAUAACCCAGCACAUCUAGCAGACAAAGAACGCAAGCCCCGACAUAACCCAGCACAUCUAACAGACACAGAACACAAGCCCCGACAUAACCCAGCACAUCUAGCAGACACAGAACGCAAGCCCCGACAUAACCCAGCACAUCUAGCAGACACAGAACGCAAGCCCCGACAUAACCCAGCACAUCUAACAGACACAGAACGCAAGCCCCGACAUAACCCAGCACAUCUAGCAGACACAGAACGCAAGCCCCGACAUAACCCAGCACAUCUAACUGUCACAGAACGCAAGCCCCGACAUAACCCAGCACAUCUAGCAGACACAGAACGCAAGCCCCGACAUAACCCAGCACAUCUAGCAGACACAGAACGCAAGCCCCGACAUAACCCAGCACAUCUAGCAGACACAGAACGCAAGCCCCGACAUAACCCAGCACAUCUAGCAGACACAGACCGCAAGCCCCGACAUAACCCAGCACAUCUAGCAGACACAGAACGCAAGCCCCGACACAACCCAGCACAUCUAACAGACACAGAACGCAAGCCCCGACAUAACCCAGCACAUCUAGCAGAGAAUUUAGAAGCUACCGACUCAGCCAAAGAGAGGACAUAA